GCCAGUGGCCGAUCGCCCUACGCGACUCGCAGUGGCACAGUUCACGAGGGGUGAUCACAUUUACUGGCACCAACAUGGACGGUUGGGCGUUCCAGCCACAGGGAUCUUCCGGUGGUUCAGUCUCCGCGUGGGAGUGUCUGUCGAAUGCCACCUUUGCAACUGACGGCACUCUUAUUAUGCUGACCCGGAAUUCUUUUAAUCUUUUAUCCAACAACUAUUACGCAUACCUGUGCAUUACAUUAACGCAAGUGACGACCGCAUCCUAUCAGUUCUACAUUCGCCACGAGCCUCAUCCGAAUGUUGGCUCCGAGAGAGUGUAUCUGUCCAUCGUGAAUAGUGUCACAGAACCGAGCAGGAUCUGCAAUACCACGCACGGGGCGUCCGGGCCAGAGUAUAACAUGCUGAUACGCGUAGGAGGUGAAAGCGCAGCAAAAGUGACCUGUCCCUAUACAUUUCUUGGUCGCUAUGGUUACACUCAUUUCUCAUCCACGGGGUCUUUUACUUGCGACGCAGCAACGUCAGAGCUGGACGCGUGUACAAAUACGCAACACAUGAAGUUCAACUAUACAGCUUGCUCUACCAGGGUGACCUACUCACAAACGUGUGAAACACUCAGCAACCCGCCGAGAGGUAUCGUCGCCAUAGCAACGAGCGGCUCCGUGACCACAGCGACGUACACGUGUCAGGCAAAUUACACGUUGUGGGGUAACGUGUCACGUAUCUGCCAGGCAGACAACAAGUGGGGCGGGUCUGAACCGUUCUGCAACUGUGCAAUCCCGCCAACACCGUCAAACGGAAUUGUGGUGGUGAACAGUGGUGGCACCGUGGCCACGUUCUCUUGUAACGUUGGAUACACGUUGAGCGGCGUGAGGACGCGAAUGUGCCAGGACGGAUUGACCUGGGACGGAUCGAACCCAACAUGCGUGAAGUGCCAAACGCUGGCGUCAGUGAGCGGCCAGACUUCGACGCUAUCUACCAACGCCACAGUGACGUCAGUGACGUUUUCAUGUGCAAACGGCUAUACAUUGAACGGAAUAGCGUCCAUGACGUGUUUGUCGACAGGAAACUGGACUGAUGUUCAACCUUCUUGCACUAUCUGUAAGACACUGACCAAUCCGUUGAGCGGCACAGUGACGCUGUCCACGAACGGCCUGGUCACCAAGGCGACGUACUCGUGCAGCUCAGGAUAUACGCUACAGGGCGUGACCAACCGCACGUGCUUGACAGACGGCAACUGGGAUGGAGCAGACUCGACGUGUUCUUGCGAUGCCCCUAGCACCCCUAUCGGCGGAAGUGUAGCCGCGAACGGUUCCGUUGCGCUGUACACGUGCAAUCUCGGGUCAACCAUCAUCGGCUCAGCCUCCCGCUCAUGUCAGUCGGACGGAAGUGGCUGGAGCGGCACCAAUCCCGCAUGCACAACAUGUGUGACGUUAACUACGGUAGUCGGAGGCAGUUAUUCGUUAACAACAAACGGCAUACAGACGUCAGCGACGUAUACAUGCAACGUUGGCUUUACUCUCAACGGUGAUAACCAAAUAACGUGCCAGUCAACCGGAGUUUGGAGCCCUGUUCAGCCGACAUGUGUAAAAUGUGCAACACUUGACAACCCGUCGAGCGGCAGAGUGACGCUACUGACGUCCGGGACAAAGACGAGCGCCACCUACUCUUGCUCGUCCGGUUAUAGCCUCAAUGGCGUCACAAUCCGGCUGUGCAACCCGGACGGAAGUUGGAGCUUAUCAGCCCCCACAUGCACAUGCAUAGGGCCGCCAUCCGUCGUGAACGGGAACGUCACUUCCGACGGCAGCAAGGCGACUUACAUGUGCCAUAUAGGCUAUUCAAUCAGCGGGGUCAGCACCCGGACGUGCAGCAGUACCGGAAGUGGCUGGAGCGACACCGAUCCCACGUGCACCACGUGUGCCACACUUCCGUCUCCGACUGGUGGAUCCGUUUUGAUGACCUCAGACGGAUUAAACACUAAGGCAACUUACAGCUGCCUCACCGGUUACACCCUCAAUGGGAUUUCCCCAAUCACGUGCAGGAGCGACGGCACGUGGAACUUCCAACCUCCCACUUGUGCCAAGUGCCCGGAUUUGGUUGACCCGAGCAGUGGGACGGUAAUAGUAAACUCGUCAGGGGGCGUCACCACAGCCUCGUUCUCAUGUGCGACCGGAUAUUACAUCAGCGGCGCCUCACAGCUCACCUGCAAGACGGACGGAAAUUGGGAUAAGUCUGCCCCGACGUGCAAGUGCAACUUCCCGCUGGCGAUAGCGAAUGGCGGGGUGUCGGUGUCGGAUAGUGCCGGCGCUACGGCGGCGGCGUACCGCUGUGACCGCGGCUACUCGCUGAGCGGUCUGAACUCCCGGCUCUGUAUGAGUGACGGAAGUGGCUGGCAGGGAGCCGACCCAUCUUGUACCGUGUGUCAGACGCUGCCUGUUGCCGGUACUGGUACAAUCACUUACACCACGAACGGUACACACACGAUUGCCAGCUUCCGGUGUGAUAGUGGUUCCACACUGAAGGGAACAAGCGAGCUUACCUGUCAAUCAAACGGUCAAUGGAACUCAAGCCCUCCCACCUGUGUUUCAUGUCCGACGCCGGGUACCAUAACCAGCGGAAGUGUAUCUAUGACAACCACCGGCACCGUUACCACGGCAACCUAUACUUGCUUGAGCGGGUACGAGCUGACGUCUCUGGGGACGUUGACGUGUCAAGUGACCGGAAAUUGGGACCGCCCAAGUCCGACAUGUGUUUGUCUGAUCCCUCCACUUAUCUCCAACGGUUAUUUCGACGUCUCUCUUGACAAAACCACCGUGACGUACACGUGCAACGUCAACUUCAUCUUAGUGGGCGGCUCUACACGCACGUGUAAAUUUGACGGCACUGGCUGGAGCGGAAUUGCACCAUCAUGCGAAAAAUGUAACACGUUGGCCUAUCCCACCGGUGGAACUAUUUCCUACUCUACUGACGGACUGACGCCGACGGCGAACUAUAGCUGCGUCGUCGGAUACACGUUGGACGGUGAUAGCGUACGAACAUGCCUAACAAAUAAGUCCUGGGUCCCUCAGGCUCCUGUAUGCGUGUAUUGUUCAAACGUCCCCACUCUGCCAAGCGGCGUUGUUUCGCUUCGCACAGACGGACGAAUAAGUGUCGGUACAUUCACAUGCCUCGGCGGCUACACACUAAAGGGUUCGGCUACUAGCACGUGUCUUAUUACCGGGAUGUGGUCGGGUACGACCCCCGUCUGUGAGUGCAACUCCCCCGGCGUCCCUUCCAACGGGGGCAUGGUCGCGGACGGACGGACUGCUAACUACACUUGCAACGCGGGAUACUCCAUCCAGGGGUCGAGCAUUAGGGCCUGUGCGGCGGACGGAACCGGAUGGAGCGGCAGUGAUCCUUUAUGCGUGCUUUGUACUACACCAACCAUGCCGCUGGGAGGUACCUAUGUUCUCGGAACAUCCGGCACACAGACUCACGCGACUAUAUCAUGCGAAAGUGGCUAUUCAGUUUCCGGUUCGAACAAGAUCUUUUGUGGAAGCGAUGGCAGCUGGAAUGCUGUCCCUGUUUGCGCUUCCUGUCCACCCUUAGAUCCGCCUGGUAGUGGGUCAGUGGUGUUGACGUCGAACUCGCUUGUUACCAUAGCAACAUACUCGUGCUCUCCUGGAUACGCGCUAGAUGGCGCCCGGCAACGAACGUGUAACCACUCUGGAAUUUGGGAUCUACAACCACCCAAAUGUUUUUGUAAUUCCCCGUCCAUCCCUCAAAACGGUGCCAUGAUGGAUAACGGUUACACAGCCAAUUACACGUGCACUGUGGGGUUCUCGCUGGACGGAGAUCAUAUCCGGUUAUGCGCAAACGAUGGUUCCGGUUGGAGCGGACAAAAUCCACAGUGCACGCCAUGUAAAACGUUAACGUUCUCGACGCUGUCAACAUCAGUAGCCUUGACAACGGACGGGCUGGAAACAACAGCCUCGUUUUCAUGCGCGGUGGGCUACACGUUGAAUGGCCACGUGCGCAUCACUUGCAGGAGUGACGGCACGUGGGACUUUAGUCAGCCCCUGUGUGCUCAGUGUCCCACAUUGACGAGUUCAUCCAGCGGUACUGUUUCCAUUGUUACUAACAACACAACGACGGUCGCGUCUUUCACCUGUCUCCCUGGUUACAUUCUAAGUGGGUCAAGGUCGAUCACGUGCCAGCCGACAGGACAGUGGAGCGAUGCCACUCCCAUGUGCAAGUGUUUGGCCCCUUCCACCCCCUCACAAGGAACCAUGGUGGUAUCGGACCUGAACAACACGCAAACAGCCCGAUACAGCUGCAACCUAGGUUUCGUAAUAUCCGGUCCGUCUAAUCGGAAGUGCCAAGCUCAGGGCUUCGGCUGGGAGGGUCUAGACCCCACGUGUGAAAAGUGCGCGAGCUUAACAAAUCCGAUAGGGGGCAGCAUAUCUUACACCACUGACGGACUGACGACGACAGCGAACUACUCGUGCGUGGUCGGCUACACACUGACCGGCAGUGCCUUUCGCACGUGCCAUCAGAACGGAACCUUCACACCGACAGCACCGACAUGUGUUUAUUGUUCAACUGUGUCCUCUCCCGCCAGUGGUAAUGUAACGCUGCAUACGGACGGUGUUACCAGCACGGCCGUGUACGCAUGCGCUGUCGGAUAUUCCCUUGUGGGCAUGGCAACGCGCACGUGCCUUUCUUCCGGAAUUUGGAAUGGAACGACGCCAUCAUGUGAAUGUGACCCACCUGCCACGCCAUCUAACGGGACAAUGGUCGCCAACGGAAAAACUUCCAAUUACACGUGCAAUAUAGGGUUCGCGCUGCAAGGGGAGGCUUACCGGAAGUGCCUGACAAGCGGCCUGGGGUGGAGCGACACUGAUCCAGUCUGCAAUAAGUGUGCAUCGCUGACGUCACCUGUGGGUGGGUCAUUCACGUUCGGCUCCACCGGGAGUCAGACGUUCGCGAUGUUCACGUGCAACACCGGCUAUACGAUACACGGGGUGAGCAAGAUCUACUGCAGCAGUUCCGGUAUCUGGGAGGUGUCGCCGGUCUGCACUGCUUGCCCGACACUGAACCCUCCGUCAAGCGGCAGCCUAUCGCUAGUUUCCACUGGUUACGUCACGUUUGCCAACUACGCAUGCGCAAGCGGAUAUUUCCUGUCUGGUACUACCCAGCGUACGUGCCUCCCAGACGGCACCUGGGACCUUACAGCGCCAACGUGCGCUUGCAACUCCCUACUUCCCCCUCAGCAUGGCACCGUGACGGAUAACGGUACUAUAGCAACGUACUCAUGUAAGGUCGGGUACUCGCUAGGUGGUGCUCAUAUCCGCACAUGCGCACUGGACGGUACCGGUUGGAGCGGAACUAGCCCUGCAUGCAGCACUUGUAAGACGCUCUCAACCACUUCCGGAGGAAGCGUGACCCUGUCAACUAACGGUCUGGAAACCAGGGCCUCGUUCUCGUGUGACCUGGGCUACACGUUAAGUGGUGACGUGGCGAUCACGUGUCGAGGAGACGGCACGUGGGACUUCAGUCAACCCCAGUGUGUACAAUGUACGACAUCUCCCACCAUUGCCAGCGGAUAUGUCACCAUGACGACUGACGGCCUCGUAACCACGGCGACCUUCGACUGUAACAGCACCAUCAGCAGUUACUACCUCAGUGGAAGUAGGAGCAUCACGUGCACCACAUCCGGGAAGUGGAGAAGCGCAUUCCCAACCUGCAAAUGCAAUUCCCCUUCAACGCCGACGAAAGGCGGCAUGUUCAUCACAGAUGACGCGGCGGGUCAGGUGGCCCACUACAGCUGCAUACUGGGAUACAGCAUUUCCGGUAUGACGUCACGUCGCUGUAUGAGCGACGGAACAGGCUGGCAAGACGUGAACCCAACCUGCAAUCUCUGCGAUGACAUAACAACGCCGCCGGAGCUAACGGUGACGUUAACGUCAAAUGGCUCGGUGACUUCCGCCCACUACGCAUGCUCCAACAACUACACGCUGCUGGGCGAGCAUGUGCAUACGUGUUCAUCGAGCGGCAUGUGGAACUACCAGAUGCCAACAUGUGUUCUAUGCGCAAACAAGACUGACCCUCUUGGCGGACGUGUCAAGCUGACCACUGACGGCCUGCUGACCACGGCGACGUUCACGUGCCUGACCGGAUAUGACGUAAACUCAACCGCAGUCAUCAAGUGUGACGUCACAGGAAACUGGAAUCUACCGGAUCCUUUCUGCGUGUGCAACCCGCCCCGUAUUCUUGCUAACGGCGCCAUGGAGCUGCUCGACGAUGGCAUGACGGCAAACUACUCGUGCGACAUCGGCUUUGAACUCGUCGGCAGUGACGUCAGAUAUUGCGCCACCGACGGCACUGGCUGGGACGGCACAGAACCGAGAUGCGAUAUGAUAGAGACGACGACGCCAACACCGGUACCGGCAGACGACGGGUCGCUCACCUUCCCCCGUGAGGCUUUCAUUGCUAUCGUGGUGGUGGUGAUUUUAGUCAUCAUCGCACUGGUGGCGAUCGCGUUCGUCUGCUACAUGAGGUACCGGAAGGAGCACUAUAAGAUCGGCUCACAACCUGAAACCGUUUCCGAAAAAAAUAAGUUCGCUCCUGAACGGCCCAGCUCGGCGGUCAAGAGUUACCCGGUAAAUGAGGUAAACGACAAGAGCUUAAAAACAACAUUUGACCCUCGAACACUAAGAAACAAGUCCUCGUCGAUGAAAUCGUUAUACAGCGAGAAAGCGCCCAGCCUCAACGUGGAAGAUAAAAUAGCGCCCGAGACUGCGACAGUCCACAUUCCAGACUAUUUCCCCAACGGCGACCAUAAGCUUCCGCUGAGUUCCAUUCGUCUUCCGAAGCUUCCUCCAAGACCGCCGGAAGAGACUAAAGAAACUAAACGUGUAGUGAAAGCUAAACGACGAAAACGUCGUCGGCUCGAAAAUCCCUUGCCUUCGACGAUGGACGCAAUUGGAGCGUCUAACGGUUCGCUGCCGAACGGCUCGCUUCCGAAUGGCGGACCGCGGACGUCGACGCCGAUUGAGGUUCGAAUGAGAAGCGUUGACACGCCGACGAUUUUGUCUUCGGAACAUCUGGACUACAUUCAACCCGUGUAUUGUGUGGAGCCCGACGGCGUGUUCUCGACAGACAGUAAGACGUUCUCGGUUCUUCGCAAGGUUAUGGACAAUAUAUCCAAGACAGAAAGUUCUGUUUGAGCUCAGUGGACAUUGCUACCGGUAUUUCAUCUUUUCUUUUUCGUACUCUCAUAUAAGCGAGAAUAGUGAAGUUUGCACACCUCUCAGCAAUCAACAUAAGCUAUUCUAGCUCAUCAUCCCAGCACAAGAUCUGUAUACGUUAUUUUUUAAUGAACGCGAAUGCUGAUCUGGCUCAUCACCGAAGCGCAACAAUUCAACUUGUAUGUUAUAUGUGUUGAAAAAUCUUGCUCAGAAACCUAGCACAAUAUAUGACAUAAGUAUACGUUAUUUAUGCUUUAUUAAACUCGGCACACCAAUGUUACAUUCUAACACAACUUUUGUUUUAUAUGAUGUGAGCCAUAAACAUUCAUAAUGCCAAACCCUCGAUGCUCCGUAGUUCUCGUUAUCAAUUAUUAAACGGAACGCAUUGAGUGUUUGCAAAAAAAUGUAUUCUUCAUUUUACAUGUAUAUAUCAAGAGCUUCCACUUGUAGUUUUUGUUGUUGUUGUGUACAAUGAUACUAAUAUUAUCAAAACAUUUUCUAUUAUAUAAAAAGCAUCAAUGGUUCAACUUAAAGAAUUGAUACCGCGUCAACAGAUUGAUAUGACAUUAAUUUCGUAAUGUGUUAAUGACGCGUUUGUGCGAUUUAAUUUAGAGCAAUAUUUGACCCUGCUUCAUUUUGCGGUUUUUACGUGCUAAACCUGUUUUUUUUUGUCUGUAGGAACAUCAGUGUGUGCCAUAUUUUGCUUGGUAUAAAAUGAUUGAUAAGGGUUUAAAUAAAUGAUACAUUAAAUUUAUGCAGUGAUAUAAAACUAAUAAACAAGCCUGUAUCUUGAUCAAACUCAAUUACCAACGAACGCGCGUUACCCUAAUUAAUUAAUCAUACAUUAAUUUGCAGUUUCCAAGUUUAUUAUCCCACUGAGGCUAUAGUUCGUGUGCACUGUCUAUAAAGAGUAUUGUAUUAUAACAUUAAUCAAUUUUUACAAAGAAAAGCCACAUUAGUAUUGCUGAAUGUUGUAUAUAGUUCAUACCCGUGUGCGGAAAACAUAUGUUCAUAUUAUUUAUAUGAAAAAUCAUCAACCUCGUGUAUAUAUGCAUUAUUUAUU